UGUUUGGCCUGAGCUGGCUGCUCUUUAGCAACACUCUUGAGAAGUGCAACGUGGUUUUGCCUACGAGUCCUUUACAUGAAGGGCCUCACUUUGCUCCAGAUUUCCAUGACUGUAAACUAAACGUCACCAUCAGUCUGUGAUCUCUGACACUGCCUGACCUGGUAAAACUGCGUUAAGACGAGUGGAGCUGAUGCAUCAACAAACAUCUAAACAUCGCCCUUUACCAGAUUUUUUCUGACACGUGCAGCAUGACGGAGCUCCACGAAGCCGUGGCUGUGGGGGACUACGACCUGGUGAAAGAGAUUUUGAGGAAGGGGCGCUGCGACCCAAAUCGCAAGGAUGUGGACUGGAACGACAGGACCCCGCUGCACUGGGCUGCUGCGAAAGGGCAAUCAGAGAUGGUUAAGCUCCUUGUGGCUCACGGCGCCCGGCCCUGCCUGAGGAGUGACGUGGGCUGGACCCCAGCUCACUUUGCGGCCGAGUCGGGCAGACUGGGCACACUUCGUACCCUUCACUCCCUGCAUGCGGCCAUGGAUGCAGCAGACCUCUUCGGCGACACUCCCAGGAGGCUCGCAGAAAUCUACGGGCACAAGGAGUGUGCCAAGUUCUUAGAAACAGCAGAGGUGGAGAGCAGAAACUACCGCAGGAUGGCAGCAAUGAAAGGAAUCCCCUUGGACCAGAGAGAUGAAGACUGGGAACUCAAGAAGGAAGAGUUUGAGAGAAAAUCAUCAUAUGCUCGGCAGAGCUACACAACCUCUGCUCAAAAGAAGAACCAAAAGAAAAUGGGGAAGCAGUAGCGUGCCCUGACUAUUUGGUGCCACUGAGAACUUACAAUGAAGAGCAAAGACACUGGCAGACCUCAGAUGCAGGGUGAAAUAUGGAUGAACAUCAAAAGCAGCUGGCCACAAGAAUGCAUCUUUAUGAUGUACUGUAAAUUUUGUUGUUCUUAGGGAGAAGGUAGGAGUGCUUCUGUCCAUCUGUGUGUCUAUAUGUAUCAGACCUCAAAUAUCAGAAAACUGCAGAAGAUGUGUAAUAUACAAAUAUUGUAAUUCACUGAAAUAUGUAUGUAUUUAUAGAAAUGACAGCAGCUACCCAUACUGCCUGGGAGGGAAAUCUUUUUGUUCCUAUUUGACUGAGGAAAACACCUGAGACUAGAGUUCUGCUCACUCUAGUGAUGUCCAUGCCCUUUGCUUGUUUGCUUCUGGUCCUGAAUCAGCCGGGGGGUAUUUAGGGGCUCAUAGCCUCUGGUGGUACCUUUGGCAGUGGGACAUAUUUGCUUCUUCUGGUUGCAGGGGACUCUGAUGUUGACCUUUUACUGGAUAUGAGUCUAACAGCCUAUAUCUACCAUUCUUAGUCCAGCAGAAGGGAAUAUGUUCUCCCUCGUUACUGGUUUCAGACAUUUGUGACUGCCAGGACAGUUAGAGCACUUCCUUAUUUUUAGCAGUGCCCCCAGCCAUUUUUAUAUCCAUGUUCACAGGAUUCCAUGGAAUCACUCCUGAGCUAUUCCUCUUUCAUCCCUUACCCUUAUCAAAAAUGGUAAAAGCAUUUUUAAACUAUUUUACUUCUUGAUUGCAAAAAAUAUUUGGAAUUUGACCCCAGGCAGUUUUUCAUGCCAGCACUGGGCAGCCAUUCAUACUGACCUCUGACACCUACGUGUCUGCUUUCCCUCCCCUUAUGGGACUUCCAGAGGUGGAAGAAAGUAUCUUCAGUGUGGUUUGCUGGAGCUGCAUUUUUCUCUGUGUGGAAGAUGUUAUUUUUGCCUGCUGAGCAUUGUGGUAUGCAAGAUUUUGAGGGGUGAUGUGACAUGGGUUGUAGGGAGUAAGGACAAUCUGUGGUCUUUUUGUGAAAGAGAUUGGGACUUCAUGUUAAAGGAUCAACUUUGUGAGCAACAUCAGGAAAAGAAGGGAAAUAUGGUGGUGCCUGUCUUU